CAAUGCCAACCGAUAGUAAGCCACAAGCCCAGCUGUGAGCCGCAAGCCGCCCGAAGGCUGCAAGUGAGUCGCGAUAGAGUCGUGUCGUGUCGAUUUUGUACGUGUGUUAAAGAACUCGCAACGGAACCGGAGGCGCUGCAAAAUGUUGUGACGCUCCUUACGCGCAGGAGACACACGGGAUUAAUGGAAUUUAGUGAACAUCAGAAGCGGAAAUUGGUCUCUCAUCCAUCGGCACCAUGACGACAAGGGAAUUAUACGUUAAGAAUAGUAAAGUAUGGGUUCCACAUCCGGACAAGGUUUGGGAAACGGCGGUGCUUUUGGAAGAUUACAAAGCGGGUAGUUCAAGGCUGCAAGUAAGAACCGAGGAGUCAAGCCAGACGAAGUUGGUAGAAGUUAAGUCGGACGCGGAUUUACCACCCUUGAGAAACCCGGACAUUCUUAUUGGGGAGAAGAAUUUAACUUCUCUAUCGUUUCUUCACGAGCCAGCCGUUCUGUAUAACCUUCAAAUCCGGUUCCAAAGGCACUCUAUAUACACUUACUGUGGCAUUGUCCUCGUCGCUUUCAACCCCUACAAUGAAUUACCCAUCUAUGGAAAUGACACGAUAUGGACCUACCGCGGUCAAGCCAUGGGUGACCUCGAACCGCACAUUUUCGCUGUUGCUGAAGAGGCUUACACUAAAUUGGAACGAGAAAAUCACGACCAGUCGAUUAUUGUUUCCGGAGAAUCUGGAGCAGGUAAAACCGUAUCCGCGAAAUACGCGAUGCGGUAUUUUGCGACGGUGGGUGGCUCAUCGACGGAAACUCAGGUAGAAAAAAAAGUUCUAGCUUCGUCGCCGAUAAUGGAGGCGAUUGGUAACGCGAAGACUACACGCAAUGACAACUCGUCGAGGUUUGGUAAAUUCAUUGAAAUCCAGUUCAACAAACAUUAUCACAUCACCGGGGCAAGCAUGAGAACUUAUUUACUGGAGAAAUCUCGAGUCGUGUUUCAAGCGAAUGAGGAAAGAAAUUAUCACAUAUUUUACCAAAUGUGCGGAGCUUCGAACCAGCUGCCGCAUUUGCAUCUGGAAUUUCAAGACAAGUUCCAUUACCUAAAUCAAGGAAACAAUCCCCGAAUAGAAGGUGUUGACGAUGCCAAGUCGUUUGACGAAACGAUCACUGCUCUAACCAUGCUGGGCUUCUCAUCCAGGCAACAAGACGAUAUGCUCCGCAUUCUAGCUGCCAUAUUGCAUUUAGGAAAUUUAAAUAUCGUUGACUGCGAAGCAGACGAUAGCGCCGAUAAUGACACUGAAGGAAGCACAAUUUCCACAUCAGACCGACAUCUCCUUAUAAUUUCGGAACUAUUAGGCAUCGACGUGAACGCGAUGCGAAAGUGGUUGUGCCAUAGGAAGAUUGUAUCAAUGCGAGAAGUCUUCCUGAAGCCCAUGAACGUCGAGCAAGCGAUCGGAGCUCGCGACGCCUUGGCGAAGCACAUCUACGCCGAGCUGUUCAACUGGAUUGUGGCCGGCAUAAACGAGUCGCUACAGACUCAGAGCAAAUCUCAAAGCUUCAUAGGCGUCCUAGAUAUUUAUGGUUUCGAAACGUUCGAGAUCAACUCCUUUGAACAAUUCUGCAUUAACUAUGCGAACGAAAAACUGCAGCAACAGUUCAAUCAACACGUAUUCAAACUAGAACAGGAGGAGUACCUGAGGGAGGAAAUCGAGUGGACCUUUAUUGACUUUUACGACAAUCAACCCUGCAUUGACCUCAUUGAAACCAAACUCGGAAUUCUAGAUCUGCUCGACGAGGAAUGCAGAAUGCCGAAAGGUUCGGACAGUUCCUGGGCGGAGAAGCUUUACUCAAAAUGUGGCAAGUCGAAACAUUUUGACAAACCGAGGUUCGGUACCACUGCCUUCCUUAUCCACCAUUUUGCCGAUCGAGUUCAGUACGAAACUACUGGAUUCUUAGAAAAGAACAGAGACACGGUGAUCGAAGAACAAAUCGACGUGCUGAGAGACGGGAGCAAUAAAUUGUUGAAGAAGCUCUUCAGCGGUGCCGAUGAUCAGAAACUUGGAGUACCUAAUGUAAGAGUGAAAAUAUCUGCUCAGAAACCAAGUAUCAACACACCGAAACAGAACAAAAAAACGGUUGGCUCCCAGUUCCGGGAUUCGUUGAACAUGCUAAUGUCGACGUUAAACGCAACAACGCCGCACUACGUAAGGUGCAUAAAGCCAAACGACACGAAAGAAGCCUUCGAGUACAACCCGGUGAGAGCAGUACAGCAACUCCGAGCAUGCGGAGUCUUGGAAACGAUAAGAAUAUCAGCAGCGGGUUACCCGAGCCAAAGAACCUACGGAGAGUUCUUCCAGCGGUACAGAGGGCUGUGCAAAUUCUCCGAGAUCGACAGAGACGAUUUAAAAGAAACCUGCCGCCGAAUACUCUUCAGGUAUAUAAAGGACGAGGACAAGUUUAAAUUCGGGAAGACGAAGGUCCUCUUUAGAGCCGGUCAGGUCGCCUACCUCGAGAAGCUGCGUGGCGAUAAGCAGCGCGAUGCCUGCGUGACGAUCCAGAAAGCAGUGCGUGGAUUCUUGUGCCGUAACAGGUACGGCAGGAUGCGAAGAGCCAUUCUGGGUCUGCAGCGCUGCGCCAGGGGUUGGCUAGCGCGUCAGAGGGCGCAGAAAAUACGACAAUACAGAGCGGCCGUCAAACUGCAAGCGCGAAUCCGUGGUUGGGUGAAGCGCUCACAGUUUUUGCGCAUCAAGCACACGGUUCUCAGCCUCCAAGCGCGCGGUAGAGGCUUUUUGGCCCGCAAGAAGUAUCAGAUGAUGCGAGACAACGCCGCCGCCAUUUUAGUACAGAGGCUCGCCAGGGGCUACUUGGCCAGAAAGGCCUACAAAAAGAAGUUGCAUGAUAUCGUUAUCGUUCAGUCUUGCGUCAGGCGAUAUUUGGCCCGGAAAGAACUCAAGCGACUCAAGACUGAGGCUCGCAGCGUCGAACACGUAAAAUCUCUUAACAAGGGCCUCGAGAAUAAGAUCAUCUCCAUGCAGCACAAGAUUAAUGAGCUUACGAAAGAAAACCACCAGCUCAAAACGGCGCAGCAGGAAGUGGUGGAGCUGAAGGCCAAACUCGAAGGUCUGAAGGCCAUCGAAAUGGAAAACAAAAAACUGACCACACUGUCCGGCGAGAAGGAUAAGGAGAUAGAAAAGUUACAAAACACUCUGAAACUCGAGAGAGACGAGAGGAUGGAUCUACUACAGGACAAGGAAAGAGACACGAAGCAAAGUGACCAAGAAAACGAAAGCCUGCGGGCUGAGAACGAACGACUACGGCUUGAGCUUUCGGCGGCAAACGAGAAGCUGAAGACAGACCAACAUGUCGCGGAAGAGACACUAAAGCAUCGGUUCGAACAAGAGAAGGAUCUACUACUGCUCGAUCAAGACCAAGACCGCGGCGCAUACCAAAGGCUGCUCAAAGAAUUCCAUGAAUUGGAACAGCACGCCGAAAUGUUGGAGCAACAACUAGCGAGACAUGUUCCCGCGCAUUCUAGAUCCCUCAGCGACGCCUCGAGCUCGAGCGGCCAGAUUGCCGCGACGGAUCUACCGCAGGAUGACCAAAAUACCGACUUUGGGUAUGGAUCUGUGCGCUCGACAGCCUCAUCUGUGCAGACUCAUUCUCGAGUAGAAACGAUCGAUUGGAAUCAACGUCGGUCGGACAGUCCGCCAGAUGGUGAAGUAAACUCUCUUAAGACGUCGUCCAAAUCGCCAGACAUGACACAACCUUCGGUAGAUGUCGGUCUUGUAUUGAAACUUCAACAGAAGCUGAAGGAUGUCGAAAAGGAAAAUCGGAGACUUAUCAGGAUGCUGGAGGACUCCGAGGGAGACACUAGCGAAGAGGUCUCAAGGACGCAGGACAGCUUCAGGCUCCAAGAACUUGAAAUGGAAAACGACAAGCUCAAAACAGACCUUGGCUCACUUCGGAAAACAGUUUCCGAUUCAAACGCUACAACUGCUCAAAGCACUCUACUAGAUCAAUUUGACGUUCUUCAAGAAGAACUGAAACGUCGACGUGAUGAAUGCAUCCAACUGCGCAGCGUGUUGGCCGAUCAGACCCGGAAGAUGAAAAGUCUCGGAUCUAAUUACGGACGCGAUGUCGACAUUAUCAACGAGGAUGGAGAGCUGGUAUUGGCCUUUGAGGCCCAGAAAAAGAUAAACAGACAAUUGGAAGAUGAGCUCCAAGCAAAGGAAAAGGGCUGGAGGUCUCAACGGGAUGAAUGGCGCGCGGAAAUCGACAGGCUGCAAGAAGAAAUUCAGAGACAGCAAAAACUCCUUUCCGUAAACUUGAGCAAAACGCCUCAAACGCAAACCGAAGCAUACAUGCAACAUGAAAUAACGAGGUUGACAUCAGAAAAUUUGGAUCUGCAAGAAAAGUAUGACCAGAUAUCAGAGGAAUGUAGGAAGAUUAAGAAGCAAUGCAAAAUACUUGCAAAACGUCUUAAGGAUGCCGGAUACGACGGUGAUGAUUUAAGGGAUACAAAGGACAGUAAUGAUCGAUUUUACGAUUCUAAAGAUAUUGUGCCAGAUAGCAUGGAAUCCACGAACGACUCGUCAGCAGUUUUGGCAACAAGUCAUCUAUCGACCGAAGCUGGACGCAAUAUGCCUGUCAUUAGAAAGAAGGAAAGAGAUUACGAAGGAUUGUUCGAAUUCAGAAAAGAAGACAUUGCAGUUAUAAUCCGACAUCUUGUUAUAGAAUUGAAGCCACGCGUGGCUGUGACACUGCUUCCUGGACUGCCGGCUUACAUACUCUUCAUGUGUAUAAGACAUACGGACUUUGUGAACGACGACGAGAAAGUAAAAUCUUUGCUGACGGCCUAUCUAAACGGGGUGAAACGAGUGAUAAAGAAGCGGGAAGACUUCGAGUACAGCGUGUUGUGGCUUAGCAACACGCUGCGGCUGCUCCACAACAUGAAACAGUAUUCCGGCGAGAAGCCGUUCCAGAUUGAAAACACGCCCAGACAGAACGACCAGUGUCUAAGGAACUUCGACCUCGCUGAGUACCGCGUCAUUCUGGGGAACGUAACUGUGUGGAUCUUUAACAAGAUCGUCACGUAUCUGAAGGAGAGGAUCCAAGCGCUAACCGUUCCCGCGCUCCUCGAACACGAAGCAAUUUCCGGUCUGAGCUCCAACAACGUCGGCAGAGCUCGGUCUUCGAGUGUCGGAGAACAGCCAGAAUCGACGCAGCAGAAACUGGACAAGCUUCUGGCCGAGCUAAGCUCCGUCAACAAGGCUCUUCAGUACCACGGAGUGGAUCCCGAAAUCGUCGUUCAGCUAUUCAAGCAGUUGUUUUACUUCAUGUGCGCCAGCGCACUCAACAAUCUUCUCCUUAGGAAUGAACUCUGCCAAUGGACAAAGGGCAUGCAGAUAAGAUACAACUUAAGCCACCUUGAGCAAUGGGCCAGAGAUCAGCGGCUAUCACCAGCUGCUGAAGCGCUUCAGCCAAUAAUUCAAGCUGCACAGCUUCUACAGGCCCGAAAAACUGACGAGGAUGUGAACUCAAUCUGUGAAAUGUGUAACAAACUAACGGCCAAUCAAGUAGUCAAGAUUUUGAAUCAGUACACGCCAGCCGACGAUUUCGAAACCAGAGUUCCAGUUUCGUUCAUAAGAAAGGUGCAAAUAAAACUUGAGGAACGCGGGGAAAAGAACGAACAGCUUUUAAAGGAUCUGAAUUUCACGUACGCUGUGACCUUCCCGUUCAAUCCAUCGAACAUCCGCCUAGAAGACAUCGAGGUUCCAGAAGUAUUGCAUUUACCGAUGCUCAAGAAGAUCUAAGCCACGU